AUGACGAAGGAGUUUCUCCUGACCGUGUACAGCAAGCACAAUGGCAGUCCAAAUGAGCUUUCGUUGUACGACACCAAAUCCAAGCGCCUCUUCCUAAAACGCGGAGUUUAUGACCAAGAUGGGGCCUUCAGAUUGGACGAUUUAUUCAUUGGCGCGGAGUUGACUGUAUGCGCACGAAAGUUGAAGAUAAUCUCGUAUGGCGAUGUGCCGACCCAACAUUUGUUCGAGAAAAAUUGCGAGCAGGUCUACACCGUCAUAGCAGGGACUGCACUUGCGGACCUCGGGAAUCUCUUCAGUCUUGCUCAUGACAGAGGAUUUUCGAUCAAGCGUGUGAUGAGCUUAGUGACGGGUGACAUAGGUGCUUGUCGUGAAUGUCGAGCGUGCUUGCGAGUUGCUGCACCCUUCGGGCAGGUGAAGACCUUCAGCAGCGGGCACAUGACCGUGCACAUAGAGCUGGUUGGUCUUGCCCUUAGGAAUCUUCGGAGAGUUCGGAAAGUCAGUGCAGCACGUGUCUGCCCCAGAAUGUUCUGGGCAGGCCAGGGUGGUGUCGAGGGCUGGCGGGAGGCAGUGAAGCAAGCUCUGGGUGAUGCGGCUCAGGAGUGGUCGCCACUAGUCUUCCCUGUCGCUCAGGCUGUUCAGGUUGAAGCCGUCAGCUUGGACAGCGAGAAGGCCGCAUGCAAUCCGGGAAGGAAAGGCAGCGGUGACGGCCUGGCUUUACGGCUCCUAGCCUGUCUGCAAUUGCACAGGUUGCAGAUAUCCGCGAUGCAGACUUACGUGCUGCUGAAAAGCCAGGCGGAAAAUUUCUACGAGGUGUACAAGACUGUUCUUCCAAGUGCACAGUAUGCCUCCAUGAUCACAGAGCUAGCUUCGGGCCUGUGCCUUGCCAUGGAGGUCCGCGGCGACAACGUGGUAACCAGGCUCAGAGAGCUGUGUGGACCAUUUGACAUUGAAAUUGCCAAGCAUUUGCGCCCCGACACAAUCCGGGCCUGUCAUGGUCGCAACAACGUGCACAAUGUCGUGCACUGUACAGAUCUUGCAGAGGACGCUGGCAGCGGCACAGUGCUUGAGUGCAGAAUGCCAGAAGCAUGUUUGCGUGUAUUUCCCGCCGCUGUUUUCUGGUCCUCUCUAGCAGGACAUGAGUGA